GUGACCACCACCUAGCGGCCGUUACUGGAAGCGCUGCAUGCAGAACUCGGCUCUGAAGAUGGCGGAGGGGGAAUUAAACGUCGACAGUCUCAUUUCUCGUCUUCUUGAAGUGCGAGGAUGCCGUCCGGGGAAGAUCGUUCAGAUGACGGAAGCAGAAGUUCGAGGACUCUGCAUUAAAUCUCGAGAGAUCUUCCUCAGCCAGCCCAUCCUGCUGGAGUUGGAGGCUCCACUUAAAAUCUGUGGUGACAUCCAUGGGCAGUACACAGAUCUGUUGAGGUUGUUUGAAUAUGGCGGUUUUCCACCAGAGGCAAACUAUCUCUUCCUGGGUGAUUAUGUGGACCGAGGGAAACAGUCUUUGGAAACCAUCUGCCUCCUACUGGCCUAUAAGAUCAAAUACCCUGAAAAUUUCUUCCUUCUGAGAGGAAAUCACGAGUGCGCCUCCAUCAACCGUAUCUAUGGCUUCUACGAUGAGUGCAAGCGCAGGUUCAACAUAAAACUCUGGAAGACGUUCACAGACUGCUUCAACUGCCUCCCAAUCGCUGCCAUCAUAGAUGAGAAGAUUUUCUGUUGCCAUGGAGGUCUCUCUCCUGAUCUGCAGUCAAUGGAGCAGAUACGUCGGAUUAUGCGACCAACUGACGUCCCAGAUACAGGGUUGCUGUGUGAUUUGCUGUGGUCGGACCCAGAUAAGGAUGUUCAGGGAUGGGGGGAGAAUGAUCGUGGCGUUUCAUUCACUUUCGGUGCCGAUGUAGUCAGCAAGUUCCUGAACCGCCACGAUCUAGAUCUAAUCUGCAGGGCACAUCAGGUUGUUGAAGAUGGUUAUGAGUUCUUUGCAAAGCGUCAGCUGGUCACUCUGUUCUCAGCGCCGAACUACUGCGGGGAGUUUGACAAUGCUGGUGGAAUGAUGAGUGUGGAUGAGUCACUCAUGUGCUCUUUUCAGAUCCUGAAGCCUUCAGAAAAGAAGGCAAAGUAUCAGUACGGUGGGGUCAACUCAGGGCGACCUGUGACCCCGCCCCGUACGGCCCAAGCCCCCAAGAAGAGGUGAGCGGCUUGCCACCCAGUACAACUCCCUCCAUCCCCCCACCGUCAGCAAACUACCCCUAUCUGGGGUAGCUUUACUUUCCCAAAUCUCCUCUAAAAUCUCACUUCUCGCCCUGCCAAACCUCUUUCUCUUUUCUUAAUAUUUGUGUACAGACAUUUUGCUGUGACCAGUCAAAAUCUCUUUUCAUUUGCUCUGCUUGUUUGUUUAUUGGUAUUUUAAUAACAUAAAUAAUAAUAAUAACACUGCUUUGGGAAGAAACUGCUCUACUAAGAGGAACCCAGAGCAAAACACACUCAUUCUCUUACGCAAAGAUCUCAGUAGUGUCCUGAUAUAUAAGCAUUUUAUUAAACUUUACUUCAGUACUCUUUGAUUAUUAAACAUUGAACAUUAUUGGUUGUGUAUUUCGCUACACUCUGAAGUUUCAAGACCAGAGGCUUUCAUACACACACUGACACUUAACUCUGUCAGGGGGCUUGAUCACAGGUCAGCAGACACAAUCCAUUGUCGAUAAUUUAGGUCAGCAUGGACAAAGCUGGAAAAGGGAUUUUAACUCGGAUAUCGUGACACGGCUGCAUUUACAAAUGGCAUUGCAUGUUCUGUUUUCUUAAUACCUCUGGGAUUUACAGCGAAACUCUAUAGACCUCUGUUUAACUUGCUGUUUUUAUGUCUUACGAUAGUAAUAAUUGAGGAGAAAAGCAUCACGGCAUAACACUUCUUUGCAUGACCCAUGUACACGUCAGUAAUAACCUGCCUGAAGCAAUGUGAUCCACCAACCAUUUUCUCAUUGGAUAACAAGACAGCUGACACAAAUAGAGCCCCCAGGUGAAAAAUAUUGGAUUCAAUAUUACAGAUUAGCACUUGUUUGAAGUUCCCUAACAUCAUUUAGAAGGUUAAAUCUGAUUCUAUUGGAUUUGUUUAACAAUUUAUUACCUAAAAAAGUAGCACAUGUGUGACUAAACAAUGCCUUUCUGUGAGGGUUGCAUUUCCUCGCAUUGAUAUUUACCUGUCAUAAUUCUUUUUUUAAUGUUUUUAUUUCUGUGUUGCUGUUUACUUCUCCUUAAUUUAUUUUCAAAUGUUUGGAAAGCUAUCUAAGUGUUCUAAAAGCAGUUCAUGAGUUUUGUAUAAGUGGGCUUCGAACUUAAUAAAUGGAAGAAAACUCUU